AUGUUCGGAAUCCUCGAGGCCGUCGCCGUGCCUCAUUCCGGCAUCUACGCCUCAUGCGAGGAGCUCAUGCGCGACCUCAACGCGCGCGCAGAAAAGGAGGGCUACAAGAUCGUCAAGGCGCGCUCCCACCGCAGUCGCCCAGGCGCCCCCAUUGUCCGCGCCGACCUCGUCUGCGAGCGCGGCGGCCGCCCCUACCGAUGCCAGGCCACUAAGCACAAAACGUCGACCAAGAAGACCAAUUGUCCCUGGAAAGCAAAGGCCGUUGAUCGCAAGCUGGUCGGCGGCUGGGUCCUGACCGUCAUCUGCGAUCACCACAACCACGAGCCCGGCACACCAGAACCCCCGACGCCCACCGAGGGCAGCGAAGCUAGCGACGAUGAGGAGCUUGUCGAGGAAGCCGAGGGCCCCCGACCAGACACCGAGACUGCUGCCGCGCUCCAGGUCGCCGGAGUGUCCGAUGCUGUUCUUCGACUGAGCGGCGACACCUUCCACCGCUUCAAGAAUGAGUACCGAAAGAUGUCCCAGCCAGAGCGCCUAGGCAUCUUGGCCCAGAUGCAGCUCAGGAUUGCCGCCAUUUACGCCGUCCAGAACGAGGACAUGCUGCGGCAAAAGAGACAGGAUGCACAAAACAAGCGCCAUCAGGAAAUCGAGGACGGCAGGAAGCGGCUGGAAGCAGAUGGGCUGCAGUCCGUCAGGCGGCAGCGAGCCCCACGCUUGACUCAACAAGACGCCCUUUCCCAGGCGACUCCCGAGGCAGCUCCCGACGCGGCCGUGGCCAUUCCGGAAGCGCCCCUGGCCACUUUGGACAAGCCCCAGGCGACCCCCGACGCGCUUCAACAGAACUCGACACAUAGCUUUGCCCGACUUGCACCAGCUCUCGCGAUGCAGUCAUCACAGCCUGCGAUGCAGCAGCCACGGUUCCAGCGGACAGGCCCGACGCCCAUUGCACCCCGGCCCCCGCAGAACACGGCGACGUUUCAUGCCUACCCAGGACCUUCCAAGCGGCCUCGAGCGGUGAAGAAGCCGCAGAAGAUGACGCGCCAAACAGCCCAGCAACAGGCUCUGCCGUCGUCUCAAGAGCCGGCUCAGCGGUCGGCAGAGUCGACAAGCUCGUGA